AUGUCCAGGCCCGACAAUGACUUCUGUCCAACACUGUGGAUUUUCAACUUCCUGUGUAAUCGGCUGCCCAUUGAGGGCUACCUGGGGGCACAGAGACAAGCCCGAGCUGGUCCCCGGCUUCCUCCCCCGGGCGCCCCGGGGCUGGCUCAGCCCGGGUCCCACGUGAGGCCGCGGGGGCGGGCGCCGGCGCCUUCCUGCCCUGCCCUUGUAUGGCGACCCGGGAGGCCGGCCCACCGCUACUUAAGCCCGGGCGCCGCCGAGGGCGCCCAGAGCCGACAGGUCAGGCAGCGCGAGAGCUCGGGAACGCGGGGCGGAGGGCCGGAGAGGAAGAGCGAGGAAGGAGCGACGGCGGAGCGCGAGAGGCGGCUGCCCGAUGCCGGCCGCCCCGGGGCUGGAGGCGGCGUACAAGAUCCAUCUGGUUCUCAAAGUCUGUGCUCUGAGACCUCGGCCCCCGCGCUGCCGCCUGCAGGGGCUGAAAACAGCCGCUCGGACCCCAGGGCCCCCCUCUAUGACCAGGGUGGCCCUGUGGAGAUCUUGCCUUACCUGUUCCUGGGCAGCUGCAGCCACUCAUCUGACCUGCAGGGGCUGCAGGCCUGUGGCAUCACAGCUGUCCUCAACGUCUCUGCCAGCUGCCCCAACCACUUUGAGGGCCUUUUCUGCUACAAGAGCAUUCCUGUGGAGGACAACCAGAUGGUGGAGAUCAGUGCCUGGUUCCAGGAGGCGAUAGGCUUCAUUGACUCAGUAAAGAACAGUGGGGGCCGGGUGCUGGUGCACUGCCAGGCGGGCAUCUCGCGCUCUGCCACAAUCUGCCUGGCCUACCUGAUACAGAGCCGCCGUGUGCCGCUGGAUGAGGCCUUCGACUUCGUUAAGCAACGCCGGGGCGUCAUCUCCCCCAACUUCAGUUUCAUGGGGCAGCUGCUGCAGUUUGAGACCCAGGUGCUGUGUCACUGAGGCAGGGCCUCCCUGCCUGUUGGCACCACUAUGCCAGCUCUCACAUGGCUGAUUGCUGGGGGAGCUGACUGUGGACAGCUGGGCUCCCCUCUGCCCAGCACACCCCCUCAUCUGGGGGUGUGUUAGGAAUGCAGGGAUGCUGGCCUUUCUGACCUGGUGCUCUUCUGCCAGGAGUUUGAGGGCUGGCCCUCAUUCAAGGGGAGAGUGGAAGAUAAUGUCUGCUCUCUCCUCCCCCAUCAUCUGGCAGAAAUCAACUGGACUCUAACGUCCAUGGACUCCGUGUGGUCCACCACCAUGUUGAAACCCUUGGUACCUGAGAGCACCAAGGGACAAGCUGUGACAACCAGGAGUCUUUUCUGGGGGGGUGGUCCACCUGGGGCCUGGAGCCCGAGCCCUGUGCCCCUGGGGGAGCUGGGAACUCGGGAAGUGAUGCGAGUGUCAUGUUAGGGACCUCUUGCUUGCGUGUGUAUGUAUGUGAGCAUCGCUCGCUGUGUUGGCGCUGGAAAGUUAUUUGUGUUCAAGUGACAUUUAACACUCCCUCCCCCACUUCCUCCCAGCCCUGUGGGCAGGGGUUGGAAACUUAGCACUUUAUAUUUAUACAGAACACUGAGGAUGUGUUAAUAAAAUAUUGUUUUGUUUAAAAAACAA